CCCCCACACACACAAUGCCGCUCCUCGCCCUCAACGACGACGUCCUCGACAUCAUCGUCUCCUUCCUCUCUCCGCACGAUGCCCUCCCGCUCAUGACCACCUGCCGCACCGCACACGCCCUCGCGCUGCCCCGCCUGCUCUCCGAGGUCGAGUUCCUCACACACACCGCCAAGACCCCCGGGCGCAUCACCCAAUUCUGCCAAUUCAUGCUCGCCGACAUCCCGCACCGCAUGCCCCACCUCCGCGCGCUCCGGCUCAUCGGGAACGCAUUCGCGACGAAGGACUUUGACUAUAGCGCCGCGCUCGCCAUGGCCGCCGUGCUGCGCCACGCCAAGUGUCUCCGCGAGCUCCACCUGCGCCUCGCAGGCGAGCUCCUCGCGUGCCAGCCGCGCUUCGCCGACGCCGUCGCGGCGCUCGCGUCGCUCGACGUGCUCUGCAUGAGCAGCAGGAUGUACUCGUGGGUGCUGCUCGCCCGCAUGCGCGCCACCCCGCGCCGCGUCGAGUUCUUCGCGGACUACAUGGCGUACAAGGACCAGCAGAGGCUCUUCUGGGGCGCGGCCCUCCCCGUGCGGCUCGCGCCGCGCCUCGAGCAGGUCCGUCUUGAGAUGUGUGUUCCCCUCGCGGAGAACGCGGACGCGCUGCGCGCGGCGUGGCCCCACGUGCGCGAGCUGACGCUCGUUGGGGAGGUGUGCAGGAUGGAUGCGCUCGCGCGCGCGUUCCCGAAUGUGCGCUUCGUGCGCUUCCAGGACGUGGACUUCGUGGGCAAGCAGGCGCCCCCGGGGUGGAGCGAGCUCGACCAUGCGCAGUGGAAUGUGGUGCCGCGGCACCCGCUGGGGUGCAAGGUGCGCAGGCUUGACGUGCAGGCCGCGCUUCCUGCGGCGUCGGACGAAGUUGGCGAGGGGUUCGUGGAGGUUUUGGAGAGCGCGUCUCCGGCGGUUCUGCUCUGCACGCUGCCGCAGCGCGGCGACUUUUCGUGGAUGAUGAAGAUCGCAAAGGCCGCGCCGGAGCUCAAGUACGUGCAUGUCGCGGCGCCCUCGUUGGACGAGGCUAUCACAAGCUGCCAGGACGCGUUCGCCAAGCUCCCCCUCGCCGGGCUCUCGCUCGGAUACACGUCCAGGAUGCCUGCGUUUGACGAUGGUGAACGCUGUGCUGCAUCGGACGCGCGGAAGAUAGCCGCGGCGAUCCCGUCGCUGCGGUAUGUCGGACUCAACGUGAAGGCCUUCGCGGCGAAGACGUACGGCGAUUUGGAAAACAUCACUUGGUUCCGCGUCGUGUCGCGCGCGCAUGAUGGGAGUCCUCCGAGCAUGGUGGUGGUGUCGGAGAGCGAGCGGAUCGCAGCACAAGAAUGGUUGUUGAGGUCGCCGCGGGGUUGAGCUUGACUGCCCCGCAGAUUGUGUGGUGUGCGCGACUCUGCUUUGCCAUGAUACCCUUGAGCCUCCAAUUCGAUGGCAUAGCAGUGGUCGACUUUGGUUUUCCUUGUAAAUCAUGUGCUAGUGUUGGAUCGUCCUACGAAUGCAAUGUUGCAAAAUCUACUAGUAUCAUAGUUGUAGUUAAUGUGUACACUCGUCACCGCUCUGUUUCAUACUCCUACUAGUAUCUGUACAAUCUAUAUGAUCUUAACAGCUAAUCAUAGAUAUCCUAUGCCACUAACUGGGAG